CAUUGUUGUUCAAUCAAUGUGUUACCUCCCUUAGAUUAACUUUCGCCCUUACAAAGCGAUAAGUGUAAACAACUAAACAAAGUUUCCGAAAUAGACAUUUAAAGCCGAAACAGAAUUUCGAAGGACAGUCUUGAUUUGGUCACGCUUGCCCAAAAGGCUUAAGAGCAGAAUGUUCAAGACAGCCUUGCUUGUUGUCACAAAACCUCUGAGUCAGCUUCGAGCAAUCAUUCCUGAGUAUCUCUCAGAGCUGAACAGAGUGACUUCGACAACUGCAUACAUCCAUAUACAGCCAGAGGGCAGUGGGAAAAACGCACAGUCUGUCAACUAUGACUUAGUGAGGGUACCUUUUACAACUGAAGUAAGAAACAUAGUGAAGGCUUUCUAUUCUUCUUCUUCGAAAACCUGCAGCCAUCUUGACAUUUAUGUACUCGUAGGGCAUUUGACAAAUGGAGAUGUGAAAUUAAAAAAAUACAACUUCAAGCAACCAUGUGACGUUGUUUUAAUUGAUAAAAAAGUUGCUGAUGAUGAGUCAUCCAUGUUUGUACAGUCUUUGUCAAAGUUAUUCAGUGUUGUUGAUGGUGCGAAGUUGCAGUACAUUGAAACCCAGGAAGGAUACCCUGAUGGGAAAAAAGCCAGACUGGAUGUUUCAGCACAGGAAUUUGCCAACAAACUAGUGAAGCAGUACAGCCACACUGUUGUGGGAGGGACCUAUGACAGACUGCACGUGGGUCAUAAGCUACUGCUUACAGAGGCCUGCAUGCUGUCCACUGGCAAACUGACCGUAGGAGUGACCACUGGACCCAUGGUGAUGAAGAAGGUUCUACAUGAGAUUAUGCAGCCUGUAAAUGAACGAAUAUCGAUUGUUCGAGAGUUCCUAACAGAUGUUAAGCCUGGACUAGACUACAGGCUGUUCUCGAUAACAGACGGGUUUGGCCCAACUGUGGCCCGCAGCCCGGAUUAUGACCCAAAGGAAGAUGCUGGCAUGGGUUUGAUUGUUCUCAGUCAGGAGACGAUUAAAGGAGGAGAAAUGAUCAAUGCUGAGAGAGAGAAGGAGGGCCUACCACGACUAGAUGUUCACACCAUUGAGCUGCUAGAGGACACGUGUCACUCCAAGUAUGAGGAAGAGAAGGUCAGCUCCUCAUCACUACGGAAACGGUUGCUAGGGACUCUACUACACCCUGUACAGGUCAAGUCCCACCUUGCUGUACACCCUUAUGUCAUUGGUCUAACAGGUGGAAUCGCUUGCGGGAAAUCUUCUGUCUGCCAACGACUUCAGGGCCUUGGGGCUAAAAUUGUAGACUGUGAUAAACUAGGUCAUAAAGCCUAUGUAAAAGGGACACCAGGGUUUGAGCGGGUGGUUGAGGCAUUUGGUCCGUCAGUUGUUGGCGAGGAUGGGGAGAUCCAUAGACCCACCCUUGGGAAAAUUGUCUUCGGAGACAAGGCGGAGCUGGAAAGGUUGAAUGCCAUUGUGUGGCCAGAGAUAGCCAGACUGGUUGGUGAACAGAUCCAGCAAUACAAACAGGAGGGGACAGAGGUAGUGGUCCUGGAUGCUGCUAUUCUACUAGAAGCAAGCUGGGACCACAUGUGUCACGAAGUGUGGACCACCAUUGUUCCCAGGGAUGAGGUCAUACAGCGUCUGGUUGACCGGAACAAGCUCACAACGGAGGCGGCCACGCAGCGACUGAACGCGCAGAUCUCCAACACAGAGCGGGUGUCGAGAGCAAACGUUGUGUUGUGUACGCUAUGGGAAUACGAAUAUACACAGCAACAGGUAGAACGGGCCUGGGCGUUGUUGAAACAGCGGUUGCCUAUCCAGGGCAAAUCCUCUAGUGCUAAGUCAAACAUGUAGAGGCGGUGGUGGCGGAAGACGUCAUCAAGAAGGGAGCGCGCCCUGCACCAAGUUCAGCAUGCACACUCGGGGUAGGCGUAAAACGUCACCGCAAAGUGAAAGCACCAUUUUACUUGUCUAGAGUGUAAACAACAAAACAUUCAUGGCGCACAUAGCGCGAAUUGUGAUUUCAGAGCAGGGUUUUUAAGUGGCUUUGUUACCGCUUAACUCACGCUUUAUGAUUUCAGUUAAAAUUUACAAUGCUUGCUCUGAGGUCACUGAUGUACUUGUAUUACAGGUAUGACAUCUGCCAUGCGAUCGGGAGUCCGUUACUUCGAAACCUACCCGAGAUGUGUUAGGACGAUUUUGUAUUUAAAGCCAAAAUCUUGCAGUUAUAAUAAGCCUCCGAAUUUUGACGCAUUCUAGUUGUAUUUGAUUUGAUUAUACAUGUACUUCAUUAAACUGAAUUAAACUCGUUGAUUUACAUUUAGAAAUCAAAUCUUCAGCUUGUUUAACAGUUAAUAACUUUUUUCUCUGUUUUACUAUAUGUUUGUUAACGUCACAAAUCUAUGUUAAUAUAUUUAUUAUGAUGCAAUAAAUAUCGAAUAACAUUUCUUAAUAUAGCUAUAUUUAUGCGGCGAUGCGUUUUAUGUCCGUAAAUCCCUUCAAAUCUUUGUGACAGAUAAUGGUAAAAUAUAUAUUUUUAAAUGUGAUAUUGAUCGGUCAAAUGUAAGAGCAAAUAAAGUUUAAAAUAAUUAACAAACUUUAUAGUGACAAAAAGGUAGGAACUUGAUUAAACAUUUUCUAUCGUUAACAUACGCAAACAUCUGUUUUUAUUCAUUUGGGCUGUACACGGUUAAAAGUGAAAUCAAUUUACGGUGUCUGGGGUGUUGUAGCAGUAAAGUGAAUUAUUAAAUCCGCGUCGUUACUUUGUUCACUUUGUUUAGUUAUAUACUGCUUCGUACUCGUUUGUGCUCAUUGUUUGAAGAAUAAAAUUUAACUUGCAUGUCUGUUUGUAAAUUGAUAACAUAGAAAAGGUAACAUUUGUAAA